CGUUCAAGCCUGACUCAAUCCAAUAACACAAUACCUUGGCAAUCUGCUGACUAACUAUGGCUGCAUCCAGAGCAACUAAGCAGGAGCUAUUUCAACGGCCGAUUCUGCCCCAUUUGACCGCCUGGAAUUGACACGCAACCACGAUAGCUCCUGCUAGGCAGAUUCAAUAAACACCUAGUGCACACUUACGCUUCAUGCGAACAAUUGCCUCGACCCACGCUUCAAGGACCCGACGGCACGAGUGAUGGAGCAACCACAGCAGGGCGACCUAAAUUGGCGCCUGAGCGCGCAUCCCAUCACAUUACUCUUCUUCCUGGGCUUUCGCAUUGGGAGCUUGUUAAUGUAUCUCUUUGGAUUUCUCUUUAUCGGCAAAUUCAUUCUCACUUUCAUCGUCACCCUCCUUCUCCUCUCUGCCGAUUUUUACUAUCUCAAAAACAUUGCUGGACGACGACUUGUUGGCCUCCGCUGGUGGAAUGAGGUGAAUACAUCCACCGGUGAAUCACACUGGGUCUUUGAGAGCUCCGAGCCGGGCACCCGUACCAUCACUGCCACCGACAAGCGCUUCUUUUGGCUGAGUCUCUAUCUCACCCCUGCGCUGUGGAUUCUCCUAGCGAUCUUCGCCGUUAUCAAGAUGAAUAAUGUUAUUUGGUUGAGUUUGGUUGUGAUUGCGCUGGUCUUAACAGUCACAAAUACUUUGGCCUUCUCACGCUGCGAUCGCUUUAGCCACGCCAGUAAUUUCGCGAAUAGUGCGUUGACAGGAGGUAUUGCGUCCAACCUUGCCUCAGGAUUCGUUGGGAGACUCUUUCGGUAGUUUUGCCCAGAAGCAGAUGGCGUAAUUAUCCGACUAUGUAUCUAUCAUUGGGAUUCCGCCAUGGAAGGAGUGGAAUGCUUUCUGUUUGCAUUUUGACAUCGUAUGGAUACGACCUUAUCCACAGCUAGAUGUUUCGAGGGGAUUAUGACUUUCUCAUUUCAACUGUAUGUAUAGCCAUGUUUUUUAGAUUUUCGCUUGCAGUACGAAUAGCCUUGUUAGCUACCAUUAUACAAUUAUUC